AUGACCGACGAUCUUUGGGUUUCUUUGGUCUCUGCAAUUCAUCCCACUCCCAACUCCGACACCAUGCCUGCCCUUCUCCAAUCCACCAUUCACCUUCUUGAAUCCGAGCUGGUCAAGGCUCGCGCGGCGCUCCAGGAAAUUCACCCUCAUGCGCCGCUCCUGCGCAUUGGCGACGAGGUCGCCGUCGGCGCCAUGGCCGCAUAUCGUCAAAAUCUAAUCAGCCGCGCCCCAGAUUUCUACGGCUCUCGUCGAUUUACCAUGAAGGAAUUGGGCCUCGAGCCGGUCGUACGAGAAAUUCCGGCAGAGAAGAUUGCUCCUGUUGAGCCCAUUCCGCAACGCAAGCCUGCAGCCAAACGACGAGCUCCGCUGGAGGAUAUGCUCACCAAUAGUCUGAUCCUUGACAAUAUGGCGCCGUAUCUCGCCACGCCAUCGCUAAUGGCCCUGGCUUCGACUUCGCGACUCCUCUACAAUGUGAUUACGGGUACUCCUUACGUGUUCAGACAUUUGGAUCUGACUCGCUGCAGAGGUGCGCAAUUGCCCAUCAAAUCGUCCAAGGAGGAUGAAAUGAAGACCGAGGAUGAGGUAUACUCGGCUCCAUUGCGGCGCAUCUUCGGCAGCCUUGAAAAGCGUUCCAUCUUGCAAGACGUGCGCACACUGGUCCUGGACGGUCUUUCAGUGCCAGCCGACCUGAUCGCAGACAUUAUCAUGUCCGAUCGAUUCAAUGUCAACAUUCUGUCUAUCCGCGAGUGUCAACACCUCAACGAGCGCAAGCUGAUCCAAGUCAUCCAACAUGCCGUGCGGCCCACACGCCCAGAGGGAACCCCGAAAGUGAAGGGAAUCUAUCAUUUCUCCCCAAUGCAUACUCCCCCGCGCGCCGCAGUGCGACGACGAUACCGUGACUGGUGGGGAUCCCGGGUGGGAAGCUCACGAAGCUCCAGCCAGAGCCCGUCAAACAGCUCCUCCGACAACGAAGACGAAGAGGCAGAAACAGUGACUCGACGAUACGAGCGAAACGAGUGGUACAGUCCUUCGGGAAAAGUAUUCAAGCACAGUAUAGACGAAGGCUGGGCGCAGACUCUCCAGAAAUGCGAGGGGAUCAUCGCCUUUGACGCAGUCUUGUGCCGCGGACCACGCCAUGAUGUCAAUCUCUACUCCAACGCAGAUGAGGAGAACCCCGCCCCCGAGGGCCGCUUACUUGGCCCCUCUAUCGCCACCGUGGCUCUGGGCCCACGAGGAUGCGAUGGAUGCCAUAGUUCGCCCGAAGGCCCGGCAAUCUGGGGCCAGUCCCCAGACACCCAGUUCCCACUGCUGAGCCCUGUUCCUUUGCAUGUGUCCAGUGUUGCUGCGGCCAAGCGGCCAGAGCUUAUUCCCGGCGAGCAUCCUGUGCUGAUCGCGCGGUGUACUGACUGCUUGACUGAUCGCUGGUGCCACCGGUGCAACAAGUGGUUCUGUUCGAACUGUCUGCCGCAUCCGCAGCAUGUUCAGGCUAGCUUGACGCCGCAUCAGACUGCGAUCCGGCCACCGCAUCAGUAUACGCAUGGGAAUGGACCUGUUCAUGUUGAGCGAGAGGUAUGUGGUGGAAAAGACUCGAGCGAGGGUGCGGUUCAUGCAAGCGACACACUCAGCGCACCUGUCAGAGCUGCCGAGGUGAUUACUGCAUCGAGCAUAAUGAGGGAUGCUCGGCGACUAUGUGCGACUGGUGCAAUACCAGCUCUCGCCACCGAAUGCGGAGCUUCCGUUAGAGCAGGAGAGGGCGACAAAAUCACAUUACCCCAGUCCGCACUAGAACAGCUUCUCGCCGCAGCACCUCUCCAACCGAUCCCGACCCCGUCGAAUACCGCGCGCGUACACACCUCCACCUUUGACCCAUUCAAUCCACAUACAUUCGCGGCGGAGUCGCGGGCGCGGCAGCAGAUUGAAGAGCGCCAGCAACAAUUACCCCAUCCGUUGACGUUUCGGAUUGUGAACCCGUUGAAUGACCGGUUCGUGUAUGCGGGGAUUCGGGAGUUUUCUGCUGCGGAGAAUGAGGUUGUACUAAGUGCUGGGUUACGGGAGGUGCUUGGGAUUGAGGGUGGGGAGCUUGAGGGUGUGAAUAAUGUCAAUGGGGAUAACAUGGAGGGAGAAGAUGUGGAGAGACAACCGACUCGAGCGCAAACAGAACCCGCGGUCGUUACUGUACAUGCGAAGCAAUUACCCAAGGGCACGUAUGUACGCCUACGUCCGCUUGAAGCUGGGUAUGACCCGGAGGACUGGAAAGCGCUGUUAGAGCGACACCUGCGUGACAAUUUUACGACUUUGACGACGGGUGAAAUCCUGACUGUACCCGGGACACGCAACGAGUCCUUCCGGUUCUUGCUGGACAAGGUAUUCCCCGAGGGGGACGGGAUUUGCGUCGUGGACACCGAUCUGGAGGUUGAUAUUGUGGCUCUAUCCGAAGAACAGGCCCGGGAGACCCUGCAGAAGCGCCUGGAGCGGGCAGCGCGAGCUCCCGGUACGACGAGUGGGAGCUCUGUAGGAGGUGUGCUUGCUACUGGGGAGGAGGUAGCUGCUCAAGUCCUGGCGGGGGAGUAUGUGGAUUACGAGCUUCGGGAGUGGAACCGAGAGGAUGAGCUGGAGAUUGAGCUUACGACGGAUGAGCCGAAUGUGUUUCUUUUUGUUAGUCCUCUUGGUUCGCGUCAGCAAGGUCGUCCGAGGACGGAUAUGCAUGUCUGGGGAGACUUUUCAAUGCAGUCUUCCAAGAGGUUUAAGAUACGGCCUACGAAUGUGGCGCUUGAGGGGGCGGAGGCUAUUUAUGUCUCUGCUUAUGCCAGUCCUUCAGAUUCGGGUGUUGAAUCCUCAACGCUAGCACAGCAAAAGCUUCCUCUCAGGUACAACCUACGGAUAACGACGAAUGCCGUGGACACGGUAGACGAGACGACAGAAACCGACGAGUCCACCGAGGAGUCUCACGCACCCGGCGAUGUCCAAUGCAAGAACUGUCAACAAUGGGUCCCAGAACGAACCCUCAUCCUCCACGAAAACUUCUGUCUACGCAAUAACAUCCUCUGCACACAAUGCGGCAACGUCUUCCAAAAACGGUCCCCCGAAUGGGAAAACCACUGGCACUGCCCGCACGACUCCUCCCACGGCAACGACACCACAAGCAAAGUAACCCACGACUCAAUAUACCACAAACCGUACACCUGCCCCGACUGCCCCGCCCAAUUCGAAGGCCUCCCCAAUCUCGCCCAGCACCGAACAACCUCAUGCCCGGGCAAACUAAUCCUCUGCCAAUUCUGCCACCUCCUCGUCCCGCAACAAGGAGAGUCCGAUCCAGACCUGCACGAUCCAGAAGUCCUCCUCUCAGGCCUAACACCACACGAACUCGUCGAUGGCGGAAGAACAACAGAAUGCCACCUCUGCAGCAAAAUCAUUCGUCUCCGAGAUAUGAACACGCAUCUCCGGCACCACGACCUAGAACGCGUAUCACGCCCUCCACCACGGAUCUGUCUCAAUCAAAACUGCGGGCGCACACUCACCAGCGCCAGCAACAAGUCCCUCGGUCUAUGCAAUAUCUGUUACGGACCUUUAUACGUCGACACAUACGACCCAGAAGGCAAAGCGCUGCGCCGCCGAAUCGAGCGACGCUAUCUCUCGCAAUUAAUGACAGGAUGCGGUAAACCCUGGUGUCAAAAUGCAUACUGCAAAACGGGCAAACAGAAGACAUCAACAGAGCCCGUGGCGCCAAUGAGUGUGGCGGAUAUAACCAAAGUGACACGUCCGCUCAUCGAACCUGUUACCGUUAAUCCCGACAUGACCAAUACAGCGCCGUUUUAUUUCUGCACAGAUGAGACGGGCCAGCAUCGGAGGAACUUGGCGGAGAUGGUUGCUGCGGAAGGUGUGGCUGGUGAUGUUGCAGGGAAGGCGUAUGAUUUGGCGUGGUGUGUUGCCGGUGCUGAAGCUGCUGGUGGGGAUUUGGAGAAGAUGAGGGAGUGGUUGGGGAAGUGGGCGCCUGUGAGGGGGGAGAUUGCGCGAUGA